GUGCAUUACUCCCAUACACAGGACGGAAAGCAUACAGGAAGCAGGGACUUGGAAGGAACACCAAAAGGCCGGUUGCUCGCUGCAGUGGGCUCCAUCAUCAAUUUCCCCUGUUUGUUGCGCACCGUUCGGGCCUUGACCUUUCGCUUUUCGCUUUCAUUUCGCCAGUCCUCGGCCCAACCCGAGGCCCGUCGCUUGGGGCAGCGGGAGAGAGGAAAGCGCUCAGCUGAACGGGAAGCUUGCCCAAUGUGUGUUCCACCAUCGCCAGAAUGGACGACCCUCGUGCUUCCCCCGAAGCGGCACAUGCUGGCCCCCGCAGUGCGCCGGCUACACCCGCCUCCGCGACCUCUGGCGUAAAAAACGGCAGUGGGCUGCCGCUGCGGCCAGGUCACGAGCUCCCUUUUGUCGCGCCGUCGUCGUACCUCCGGCCGAAGCCUCCCAGUCGCACAAUGUCGGAGAGAAGCCCCAGUGCCCUCGAUAGGGACCAGAUGCAGGGACUGCGGGGGAUCCGCGAGUUCCUCAAGGUCCGAACCAGCUAUGAUGUGCUCCCCCUGUCCUUCCGUCUUGUGGUGCUCGACAACGACCUCCUCAUCAAGAAGAGCCUGAACAUCCUCAUUCAAAAUGGCAUCGUCUCGGCCCCGCUCUGGGACUCGCGCAACUCGACCUUUGCCGGGUUGCUAACGAGCACCGACUACAUCAACGUAAUCCAGUACUACUGCCAGUUUCCCGACGAGAUUGACCAGGUCGACCAGUUCCGUCUCAGCAGUCUCAGAGACAUCGAGCGGGCGAUUGGGGUCCUGCCCCUGGAAACGGUGUCGGUGCAUCCUAUGCGCCCCCUGUACGAGGCGUGCCGGCGCAUGCUCAAGACGAGGGCGAGGAGGAUUCCCCUGGUCGACGUGGACGACGAGACGGGCCGCGAGAUGGUGGUCAGCGUCAUCACCCAGUACCGCAUUCUCAAGUUCAUCGCCGUCAACAACGAGAAGCACACGAUUCUCUUGAAGAAGCCAGUGCGGGAUAUCGGCCUCGGCACGUACACGAAUCUGGCCACGUCUACCAUGAACAGCUCCGUCCUGGACGUGAUCCACCUGAUGGUGAAACACAACAUCUCGGCCGUGCCAAUCGUCGACGAGAGCAACAAGGUCCUGAACGUCUUUGAGGCCGUCGACGUGAUCCCGUGCAUCAAGGGCGGGGCCUACGACGAGUUGACAUCCUCCGUGGGUGACGCCCUCUCGAAGCGUGCUGAAGAGUUCCCCGGCAUCUACACGUGCAGUGAGGAUGAUCGUCUAGACGCGAUAUUCGACACGAUCCGUAGGUCGCGAGUCCACAGGCUGAUUGUCGUCGACGACGACAACCGGCUCAGGGGGAUUAUUUCUCUCUCGGACAUCCUCAAGUACGUUCUGCUCUUCGGAGAAGAAGAGGACGAUAUCCGGGCCGGCUAGCCAUGUCCGUCUGGACGAGAGCCCACUCGGCAAGAACCACAUCUGUUCCCGGCCGGUGCCGGGGUGAUUCUUCAGCUCCCACUUGAGUUUUUGUUGGUUGACUUGCAUUUGCAUGGCGUCAAGGGCUAGGAGAUGGCGGCUUAACGGAUACCAUGGUUGCAUAAUGUCUCUUUUACCCCAAGGUAUAGAUUUGACUCGCGUUUUCUGUGGGAUGCGACACAAGAGUUUUCCUAGCACACGGUUCCCGCGAGGUGCCACGAGUUUAUGAAGGCAGAGAGGUCUCUAGACAAAAGCGGCCAGCGCCGGGUUGAUACUCCCGUUGGUUUCUUUGCCCCUUUCUUGUUUUUUUGUGAGUUGCUGGCUACUCAUAUUCCGUGGUCCUCCUUCCGCCUGCUGUUCUUGAGGAGAAGGAACCUAUCACGGUCCAUACGACCCAUCCAUCCAGUGAUGCAGGACGGGAAGCAGCAGCUGAGGCUGGCCACAGCAGGCUCCAAUCGAGCCGUGCCCCAUUUGAGACCAUCAAAAUCCGUUUGUUCUCUCUGAUGGUGCAUGGUCAGUCGGCAGCGCAUCUGAUUAAUCUCUGCUUUCAAAGCUCUUAUCCGCUGCU